AUGCCACGCCACACAAGAUGGUGUCUUUUUCAUGCCACCCCCCCCCCCCCCCCCCCUCUGCCUCUCAUGUUACGCGUGCCACCCUCCCUUGUGCGCAGGUGGGGGAGGAGAGACGCCAAGGGGCGCAGCGGAGCAGCAACUGGGGGAGCAGAUGCGGCAAGGGGCAUUCGUAUCGACCUCCCCCCCCCCCUCCUCUCUGCCGCUCUGCUUAUGCAUGCCACCCUCCCAUCUGUGCAGGUGGGCAAAGGGAGAACCCAAGGGGCGCAGCGGAGCAGCAAGUGGGGUGGUGGAGGAGAGAUGCCACGGGGUGCAGCGGAGCAGCAAUUGGGGGAGCAGAGGCGGCAGGGGGAUGGCGCGAAAGGGAGAGAGGGGAAAGAGGGUACGGAGAGAAGGGAGGGAAGGGAGGAUGAAAGCGAGGGGAGACAGGGGGGGGAGGAGGAGAGGGAGGGGGUUGAGUUGCUGUGUGUGGUGCGAGCACUACUGAAGAAACUCAGGAGGAGGGUUCUAGUGGGGGACGUUGUAAGACUAGGUGGAAUUGAUUGGGCUGCCCGCCAGGCUGUGGUUCAAGACGUUGCCCUGCCCCGGGCAUCUGAAAUUUUGGACCCGCCCGUGGCGAACGCAGACCACCUGCUGCUGCUUUUUUCGCUUGCCCAGCCGCCGCCCGAGCCGACGAACGUGAGCCGGUUUCUGGUGGCUGCGGAGGCGACAGGUGUCGCCGUGUCAUUGGUGUUCAACAAGGCGGAUCUAGUGGAUGAGCAGGUGAGGCUUGCUGUGUCCCCUUCCUCUGUCCCCUCUCUCCCCUUUCUCCACUCUCCUCCUUUCCUCCUCUCCCACCUCCCCUCCCCUCCUUCCCUCCCACCAGGCAACAAAGAGCAGCAAAGAGGGGGCAGUGCGGUAGUGGCAGCAGCGGGCGGCAGAGUGGGGGUAUCAGAUGCUCACGUGCACUGCUUCCUCCAGCCAUCCCUUGCCAAUGUCUCCGCCUCUGCUCUUCCCAUGCUCUUUCCUGAGCCUUCUCUCUGCCCAUCCUUCACUCUCUCCCAUACUAAUCUCUCGCCCAUCCCUCUCCUUCCUCCUUUUUCCCCUGUCCCAUCCUUCUCGCUCGCCCGUCUUUCUCCCCUCCCUUCACCCCUCUCCUCCCCUUCCUCUUCCUCCUUGUCUCCAAACGUGUCCAUUCGUUCCCGUCUAGCUGCCUCCCCCACCUCCUGUGCAUUCGCCGACUGCCGCCACAUCAGCGAGCCUGGGUGUGCGGUGGACAGCGGUUGGGAGCGGUACCGGCACUAUGUGAUGCUGAUGGACGAGAUCAGAGCGCGGGAAGCAGCAGAAAUCCGGGCCGUUGGUACGAAGAGGGAGGGGGAUGUGAGGUUGAAGAGUGGGGGGUAUGGGGUGGUGGUGGCAGAGCCGAGACUAGAAGCAAAGAAGCAUCGGAGGGAGUCUAGAAAGAAAGGCAAACAGCUGCUGCUGCAACAACUGGCUGUGGAGGAAGAGGAGGAUGAGGAGGAGGGAGUGGGGUUUGCAGGAGGGUAUGGGGGGAGUGAGAAGAGGCGGAAAUAG